CUUCACUCUCAUCCUCCUCCCACCCUUGCAUGUUCUCAACAUGAAGUCGCGCGCGACGAGGGUACUCCUUACCACGAGACCUCCCCUUCGACCCGCAGCGCGCACCCUGCGAUUCCCCAGCAAAUCCCUCCCGCCGACAGCGCAGCUCUGCAGGCAAUGGACAGCGCCAUUCACCACCUCCGGUCCCUCCUUGCGACGGUACGCGACGGCCGCAACAUCAACAGCAACGACAUCAGUGACGGGUGGAGUGGGCGGGCAAGAACCACCUCUCGCGCCGUUUCUUCCAACGCCUGUGGCCGCCUCGGAGAACCUGCGCGCUGUGCUUAAAGACGUCGAGAAGUUGCUCGUCACGGACAUUGGCGGGUCGUCGGCAUGGUACGAUCGAAUCAAGGCGGCUAAUGCGGACCUCUCGGCGACACGCCGGGCACGUCUUGCUGUGUACGGUGACCCGGUCGCUGCGCCGCACGACGUGGUUUCCGCGUUUCUGCAGGACCCACUCUCGGACUCUGAUGUGAUGCGCAAGGCUAUCCUUGACCGCUACUUCGGCACAAGCAAGGAUACACUCUUUAUUUCCCUUGCCAACGAGCCAUCUCGCACCGAUGGCCGAUUGGGCGCCCCAUCUUCUUGGCUCCAGGCGUCGGGCUGCGACGUGGCCGAGAUUGCGCAGGGCCCGCAGGCCGAGUCGCAAAUACUGGCGUGCGAUGCUGUUGCCUUCGUUCUCGACCCCGUGCGCCUCGCCACGACGCCCUUCCUUAGCAAGCUGUUGCCCCUCGCCCUCGGCAAGGGGCACGUUCAGUUCAUUGUGAACGGUCCCCUUCCCGCACAUCAAACAGAGGAGACAUUGCGGGCAAUGCUGGACAAGCAGCUUGCGGCCAUCGCCGUGCCGACGGGCUGCAAGAGCUACGAUGUCACGUUUGUUCAGGCGGAUCUGGCGCUGCGGGCGUUGGAUGCUUUGGCUCGCGCUUUAAGCGAGCCUGAUGGCGAAAGCAAAGGCCUGGCCUUCGACACGUUCCAGCAUGACUUCCCGGCAUCCAAAAUUGGCCCGCUGCAAGCACAGUUGAUGCACCUUGCGCCGACCGACGCGCAGAUAGCAACCGCAGCCAGCACCGCCCGGCUGGCGCUGGCAUACACAAACGGUGUGGUGGCCAGCGACCGCGACGUUCUUCGAAAGGCGUCCGAUGUUGUGUCACAGCUGCGAAAGGAAGCAGUCGACGGGUCGGGUCGUGCGCGUCGCCUAAGCGUUGUGAGCAUGGGGAGCUCGAGCGGCAUCGUCGACGGCAGUGUCGAUGCGAGCAUUCGCACUAACAAGCAUGCCCUCGAGCAGCUGUUCAAGGGGCGGCUGUCUUGGCUCGGCAUCCUUACGCGGUUGCGAGUCGACGACGUGAACGGCGACAUUGGUGGCUACAUUGCGCGAAACUUUGCGCGCGACAUCGAGCAGCAGCUGGUGUUCGAGGCCGGGCAACUUAGCCAGCUGCAAUCGCAGCUUGGGAAGCAGAGUGACGAGACGGCGCGAAGCCUCACCUCCUCAUCUACCUCAGAACGGGCGGGCCACCCCUUCUCCUCACCUCUCCUUCUGAACCACCUCGCCUCGCUUGCCCUCGCCAUUCCCUCGGUGACGCCUACGUCCCUCCUUCCCCCUGUCGCGACGCGGCGCGCGCAGCUCGUCAACACCGCCGUUCCUCAGCUGCAGGUAACGGCGCAGCGCGCGCUCGGCUCCUCCAUCACCUUGGCGCUUGCAGGCACAGCGGGAGCAUGGACAGCCUUUGCCCCACCCCUUAGCUGGAUUAGUGGCGCCACCGCUGUUGGGCUCGGCGCGCUCGCUGUCGUGUCUUCACUCGCCCUCGGCCAAGCGUGGUGGGCUAAGGGCCAGCGUCGCUUCUGGAAGGACUGGAACCGCGUUACUGCUAUGCUCAAGGACGACCUUUGUGCCAACUUUGACAGCACGGUUGACAAACUCGUGCUUGCUCGCCCGCGCGUGACCGCCGACGGACUCCAGGAACUCGUGCGGAAACGUGAGGAGCGGUUGAACAAGCUGGAGCACAGGAUUAUCACGCUUGAGGAACAUGUCGAGGCGCUCGAGCCUAGCCCUCAGCCUGCAUCGAAGCGAUAGCAUAGACUAAAAUUAAUGUAUAGCAUACACCUGUUG